AUGCCUCACUCCAGUGGCCACGCUUCCAUGGCAUCGCGCGCCUUGCUCACCCAGGUGCAUCAUGGCUCUGUCCUCUCGCUAGCGCUUGGAUCACCGGACGUCGUCGUCGAUCGUGUCAUUCGUCUUGCAUAUCGCUCAUGGAAGUCGGCUACGGGUCAACAUACAUUACCCACAUUCGACGCCUAUCUUCAGGCUGCAUACAUGCAUCGCGGUUUCCUUCCUCCUCAGGCCGCACACUAUGGCCUUCCGCACAAUGUUGUCCUUUUCUUUGCAUACAACGAAGCCGGCUUUCAUGAGACGGACAUCGUGUGGAGUCGGGACGACGACGUUGCCGAGGCAUACCGCUGGCGCCGCUGGGUUGUUAUGGACGUGAUCGCACCUCAACCUCAUCUUAUCAUUCCCUUCCGCGAACCUUUCAUUCCUUACCAGGGCAAUGCCGCUCGUAUGGAGGCUGCUUUGAACAAGAUGGACGUUCUUCCCGUUUGGUUCACGCAGACCAAUCGCACUGUCGGCGUGCCUGUAGACGCUGCCAAUGAGAUACUCGCUCUGCUUCCUCCGAACCGAACCUUCGGACGUUCUCAAGCCCACACGAUCAAGAUCAAGUUCUCUUGGCCCGGGUACAAUCCGUGUGACAAGCAAGUCCGCCUCUUGCGAGCGGGCCAGGCUCGUGCUAGCGUCACAGUCGCACGAUUGGCUCAGCUCGUUGCUAGCUCUGUCCACAACUUCAUGGGCGAGGCCACAGCUAGCGGGCCCACUCUAGGUUCGCCGGGCCAAUGGAGGAUCGGGAUCCAACCCGGGCAGAUCAGCGUUCACGAUGUGGUGCUUCUGGGUAUCGCCUUCGUAUCAGAGGGGGCUGCCAUACCUCUUCUGCAAGUUCGAUCCGGAUUCGUAUUUUCGCGCUGA